AUGGAUGCUCAAAAGUGGAAUUGUUGCAUUGGUAAUGAAACUGUAGUAACAGCCAAACAAGAGUUUCAAGACAUGUUCUGCAAUCCACUUCCACCAUUGCCAAUGGAACCCUUCGAUUACAGCAAUGGAUUUGAAGAUUUGAAUAUUGACUGGGAUGGCCUUCAGAAUGCACUUCUUGAUGCUGCUCCAAUGGCGGCCGAUGUGUAUCAGAAUCAAGCUGAUCCCUUUUAUGCUCCAUUCGAUACUCCUCUGCAGAAAAGUUCAUUCAAUCCUGAAGCUUUCAUGAGUCCCAACAUUGGGAGUGGAGAAUUAGGGUUUCUUGAUGAUAUGAUUUUAGGGUUUCCUCAACCUCAGCCAACAUUGCAACAAUUGAUACUUGAAAACAGCAGUAUCAACUAUAUGCCGACGGCCCCAGUCGAAGCCAAUCGAAUGAUGGCACCAAUUGAGGAGACAAUUAAACAAGAAGACAAGAAAAACCUUCAAAAAUCGAAAGAACCGUCCAAAGUUAGUGAGAAAAGCUCGAACAGGCUGUCGAAGGAAGUCAUUUCUCAGUACUUCUAUAUGCCGAUAACCAAAGCAGCAUGCGAACUUAAUGUUGGCUUGACCUUGCUAAAGAAAAGAUGCCGCGAGUUGGGCAUAAAGAGAUGGCCUCAUAGAAAACUCAUGAGCAUCCAAACCCUAAUCAAGAAUGUCCAGGAACUAGGGAGAGACGAGGAAGAAGGGAAGCUCAAGGAGUAUAUCGGCAGUCUUGAGCACGAAAAGAGAUUAAUGGAAGUGGUUCCCGACUUACAGCUUGAAGACAAAACGAAGAGGUUAAGACAGGCAUGUUUCAAAGCGAAUUACAAAAAGAGAAAGUUGAUGGGAAUGGUCGAAUCUUCGUCCCGAGCUGCAAGUAGUGACUCCAACAAUAUUCAGGACAGUGAUGAAAUUACGGCGAAUGUUGUUAAUAGGUCGAGUGAGAUGGAUCUGGAUCAUUAUAUCGAUAGCGAUGACGAUGAACUCAAGUUUUUCUUCCCUGAAUAUUUUCACCCAAGCUCGAGUGGCAAAUUGUUCUAA